AUGGUAUUACAGACAAUUCAAAAUACUGAACCUUCAAAAGAGAAGUUAAAGGAAAUUGUAGAAAAUGUAAAAUUGUCACAUAAAAAUGCACAAUUAGCAAAAGAUGAAUCUGCAAAUGAAAUCAAAUCUACAACGGCUAUUAAAAAAAAACCAUUGAUGAUAAGGAUCAAGGAUGAAUUAAUACAUUAUUGGGAUGGAACAAAACUUUUGGGAUUGGAAAUAAAAAUUUCAACAAAGCUUUUGUAUAAAUUGCUCAAAGGACAUAAAUUAACCCGCAGAGAAUACAGACAAUUGAGAAGAACUACAACAGAUUUAUUCAGACUUGUUCCAUUUGCAGUCUUCAUAAUUGUGCCUUUUAUGGAAUUUUUAUUACCAGUAGUAUUAAAGUUAUUUCCAAAUAUGUUACCAAGUACAUUUGAAGAUAAAUUUUCAAAGGAAGAAAAAAAAAGAAAAUUGCUCAAAGUUCGUUUAGAGAUGGCAAAAUUUUUACAAGAAACACUUGAAGAUACUGGUGCAGUAGGUUCUAAAAAAGCAGAAGCUGCAAAAGAAUUUGCAGAAUUCUUUCGUAAGGUGAUAAAAAAAUUUAUAAGACUUUAA